UUCGAUUUGAAGAUUUAAAUAGAAAGUGGAUUCGUUGUCGUUCAUAUUUUGUCUGAUCUGUAUAAUCUUAAUAUAAUUGUGUAAUGCGGAACGCGAUCCUUAAUUCACCAGUGUUGCAUCAAUUAACUAUUCCUGUUUGUCCAGACUGUAUUUCAAUACCAAUUUCGAGGUGUAAAAUGGGAAUUUCUCAAUAUAUCCGCAAGUACGGUGUAUUCAUCCACACUCCUGUGGUAGAAAGCAGGGGAGAGGCCAGUAGAGGCAAUUGAUGGCUGGCUAGUCCAUAAGAUGAUAGAACACUUUUAGUAGAUCAACCAGCUUGGCUUUCGACCAUCUGCUCCUUAAGAAACUCCUUUACAGAUCUUCAAUAAUAUUGGUGGACGGAUAGAGAGAUUUGGGCGUGUGUAGGUUAUUUACUCCGCAUUGCAUAGUGACAGUUCUGAAUUGUCAGGUUGACUGACGAAUUAAGUGGUGCGACAAGUGAAGUACUGAAGGCAGUGAUCGUUCUUCCACGCUUUGGAUAAUUAUCAGCAAGUCAUAAAAUGAAUCCCGAUGGCGAAAAGAUUGUUGAAAAUAUGACUAUUACAUCAAAUGUGGAGGAGGAAGUGAUGACACCAUUAAGUGAAAGAGCAAAUGACUCCGACAAUGUUAGCCCUAUGUUACCGAAGAACCGCUGCCGGACGAUCCUUCAACCGAUUUAUCAAAUGAAAUGCAGGACUUGUAUACUUAUGGGGUUGUUCAUACUAUUGUGUGGUGCUGUGGUGACCUUGGUAUAUAUAUAUAUGCCAAGUUCGCCGACAUCUGCUCACAAUGAUUAUUGCAGCUUCCAGCCAUACGAGAGUAUUACCGAAGACUCGAAAAAUUCUUCCAUAACUGUGGCCUGGUCGGGUCUUAUAAGAUCAGCAAAAAACUCAAUUGAUGUGUUAUUCUGGGAAAGGGAAGGGGAAAAAAUCGUGAAAGAAAUGUUGAAUAACGAAACCCAACGGGGAGUAAGCACUCGGACAGUAACAAGUGGAAGUAACGGUGCAGACCAUGUUGUUUUGGUCAUAGUAGAUGGAAGCCAUUUGUAUUUUGGCGGCUUAGGAGUACAAGGAAGUAACCUGGGGCUUUUAGCAAGAAAUUGCCCCCUUUUGGCGGAAGAUGCAUUGAAAAUUUUCAACGUCUUUUACGAAGUGAAAAUGGCGAAUACUCAAACUCCGUUGGCUUUCCACGUGAAUGGGAAAAAUGAUUCGAACAGAUUUGUAUCGAUGACUACCCUGAAUUCUAGCCAGACAAAUAACCUAGACCCUGUCCUUAGGACGAUUUCGCAGGCUAAACGCUUUAUACACAUCUCAACUUUUACGAAACCUAACUCAUUGUACUGGCGUCGUAUCGAUUUCGCCUUGGAAAAGACUGGUAGUGAAAGUAACGUCUCCUUACAAUGGCUACUUCCCUGGAGAGAUUAUUUCCAAAGAGUUGAGAACGACGGCCGUUUGCAAAAUGCAUCUAGUUCCAAUAUCCAGAAACGUUGGAUUACGUACCACAAAGCUAGCCCUUGUUGUGCCGAUAAUCUCAACUACAUAGUAACUGAUAAUAUGGUCUACAUUGGAACAUCCAUUGAUUACUUGGGGAAUACAGUCGAUAUGGGAUUUAUUCUAGGAGAUACUGUCAUCCGUAAAGAAUUUGAGAGUAUUUUUCAAAGGUGCUGGGAGAGUAGAUUUGUUUUAGAGUAGAAGAAACCAGCAGUUACUAAUGCUCUUCUAUACUCAAAUAGACUCAGGCAAAUGGAACUUAAAAUACUCUUUGAAAAUUAAGUAAUUAUGACAGAAAGAGAUAAGUAAAAGCAAAACUAUUCCCGAUAUUUUAGAAAUAAAUACAAAAUAUGAAAGAACUCAGUUUAUAAAUUUAUAAAAACAAGU